AAAUAUCGAUGUGUAGUUAGGCGAAUUGGGUUAGGAAAUAGCGGAACUAUUCAAUGGCAUGUGUAUCACACCAUAAUGUAUCGAUUAGUUAUCGCUGGGCCACCACAAUCAAUCGGUAUUUUGGCUGUGUUUUGUUUUUUAAUGUUCAUUGAGAAAAUAAUUUGCCAUCAUCAAAUGCAAAUGGAACGGUGACAUAAAUGAGUUGCACAAACCAAAACGUGGCUGUAUAGACGAACGUGCGCCGAGUGUAGCUGAACACAGUAGAAUAGUGUGUAGAAAUUGCAGUAAAUUACAACCGCAACAAAGACCCACGGCCAGGAAAGCAUGAGCUGAAACUGGACAAGCACACCAACACACACAUACACACACAGACAGACAGACAGAAAGACAGCGAGCCACACAAAAAGAUAAUUUCAAGGCAACGCUGUGCAACGCAGGGGCAAGAAACUUUAAAUAAGGUGACAAUUUCGACGGCGACAAAGACAAUAACGACGUGUGCAGGAAAACUAAUUGAUCUGCUCUGCCAACGUCCGCGUGCUGAUUGGCACAUUGCUUGCUGGAACCAGCGGAGUCACGUGUAUGUAUGUGUAUGCGUGUGCCUGUAUGCACAUGCAUGUUUGUAUGUGUUGUAUGCUAACUAAAAAUUGCUAGCUAAAAUUGCAAGCAAGCAAUGCAACAACAACAACAACAACAACAAUAUUAACAGCUACAAUAACGGAAACAUUGUCAAGCCUUGCCAGACCCAGCCGCGCAGCAGCAGCAGCAUCACGGCGUCCCAGCAGCAGCAGGCGCACACACACCAACACAACAACAACAACAACAACUACAGCAGCAGCAACAACAACAACAAUAUGAGCACAGUGUUUAUAAACUCGCGCAAAAGCCCAAAUGUGCUUAAGAAGCAGGGCACAGACCAAUGGGUCAAGCUGAAUGUGGGUGGGACCUAUUUUCUAACCACCAAAACGACGCUUUCCCGUGACCCCAAUUCGUUUUUGUCGCGUCUUAUACAAGAGGACUGUGAUUUGAUAUCAGAUCGGGAUGAGACGGGCGCAUAUUUAAUUGACAGAGAUCCCAAGUACUUUGCGCCCGUGCUCAAUUAUUUGCGCCACGGCAAGCUCGUGCUGGACGGCGUCUCUGAGGAGGGUGUGCUCGAGGAGGCCGAGUUCUACAAUGUGACGCAGCUAAUAGCGCAGCUGAAGGAGUGCAUCAGCCACAGAGACCAGCGACCGCAUGCGGACAAAAAGCGCGUCUAUCGUGUGCUGCAGUGCCGCGAACAGGAACUGACGCAGAUGAUCUCAACGCUGUCGGAUGGCUGGCGUUUCGAGCAGCUUAUCAGCGUCGGCAUGCAAUACUCCAACUAUGGCCCGUUCGAGAACAACGAGUUCCUCUGCGUCGUCUCCAAGGAGUGCGGCUCCACAGCCGGCCGUGAGUUGGAGCUCAAUGAUCGCGCCAAGGUGCUGCAGCAGAAGGGAUCGCGAAUUCUUGGAAUUUAAGCAAUGCUUGUAGAGCGUGUGUAUGCCAUCCAAAAUCAAAAUCAAAAACAAAAACAAAAACAAAAAAUAACUCCCAUCAUCCAACACCAAGCUUAAAUAAUACACCACAACCAAGCACAACAUCAUCAACAACAAAAACAACCAGCAAAACGGGAAAACAAGAAUUAA